AUGUCAGCUGAAAAAGACACUCCCGAGGUCGAGCCUGAGGAGGCGACACCUGCUCCUACGAAGAAGACAAACAGUAGGAUCCUGAUCGCCAGGGAUGAUGCUGAAGGUAUCAAGGCGAAGGCGGAUGAGGCAAUCAGUUGCAUUCUCCCUGCCGCCAAGAAUCAUCCCGAGGUCUACAACGCUACCGUCAGGAACAUCAAGAGUGCCAAUCUCCGACAAAAUUGGACCAACACCCCUAUUUUCAAGGAUUUUAUGGUCUGGUGUCGCGCAUCUCCCCUCGAUAGUCGACCCAAUCUUGUCAACUUUCUGACAGUUCUGGCGGCUCACGACACUUUUGAGAAGACCGGUAACAAGUUCAUGGACGAAGUCAAUGCGCGCAAUCUCAAAGAAUGGGCAAACGAGCAGCUCAAGGUUCCUCCCCCAGCAAUGUCGGCCACUCAGUCGACACAGUCGCAAAACUCUCAGCAAGCGCCCAAGGUCAAGAUUGAGCAGAGUGAUAAGGAAAUGGGCAUGCUUCAACAGUUGGUCCAGAAUCAUCAGGGCACCAACACUUAUGCUGGAAUGAAGCGACCUGCUUCCAGUCACUCGGACGAACCCGCCAACAAGCGAGUGAUUCCCAGCAUCGAACGCGAAUUUCCCGCUCUUCAAGCCCAGCCCGAGCGCAUCAUCCUGCGAGAUACUGGUACGCAGACAGACGAGUUCUCAUCUCUCGGCGAUGUUAUAGCGUCCAUGAAGCGAGCAACCCAAACCAUGGACGAACGAAGUCAAGUGCAGGAUGAGCACAACAAAACGCUGCAGGAGGACAUGAAAACGCUGAAGGAGGACAUAAAGACGAUGCAGGAACUCUUCAAUCGCGCGCUUGCCAACCAGCAGGUGAGAUCUAUCAACAACUCCCAGCAAAACCAGUUGCAGGAGCUGAUCCCUCUUCAGCCUGCCAAUCGCGCGCCGCCCUCGUUCUACUACGACCCAAGCCUAGGCCCUGGCAGCGGCGGUCCAACUUUCAGAUUCGGGUAA